AUGGAAAUGGCUAUUCGUAUUUGGAAUAGUAGAGAUAUACAUUUAAGCAAGUCGUUGUCCUGGCUCCUACGACACGGCGCAAUCAAAGAAGGCCUGAAGAUAAGUUCUGAAGGCUACGUAGACGUGAAUAGCAUACUUCAACACAAGUCUCUCAGGGGAAGGUUUAACAAAGCUGAUGUGGAGCGUGUCGUACAGACGAAUGACAAGCAGCGGUUUCAUUUGAGGGCUAAUCCGCAGACUGGUGUUUUAGAGGUGAAAGCAAACCAGGGUCACUCACUCCCACAAGUGACUAAUGCAGGAUUGGUUCAAAUCAUAGAACCUAAAUACACCACAGUUGUCCAUGGUACAUAUUUGAAAUGCUGGCAACAAAUAAAAUUAGAUGGACUUAGUCGCAUGAGCCGGCAACACAUACAUUUUGCUAAAGGAACUCUGGAAGAUAGUUCAGUAAUAAGUGGUUUGCGGAAGAAUAUCGAAAUUUAUAUUUUUAUUGAUUUGAAAAAAGCCUUGAAAGAUGGCAUAGAAUUUUUUGAAUCAGAAAAUCAAGUAGUACUCUGUCCGGGAAACAGGGAUGGAUAUUUAAAACCAAAAUAUUUUUCUAAAGUUAUCAAAGUUCAAAGUGGUAUGAUUUUAUUCAAAUAUGUCUAA